UCCAGCAUCGCUCAGCAGUGCCGGGGCAGCAGCAUGCGGGCCGUGCUGGUGCUGUGUGUGGCCCUGAGCCUGGCAGCGAGAACGGGGGCUGAGGAUGGGUGCGGUGGCCCCGAGGCCCCAUCCUUGACCCACAGCAUCCCCGCGCCCCAGAUGAGUGCCGAGGAGCGGCUCUCGCCCCACAUGCCCGAGGCCCUGCGCUGCGACGCGUGCCACGCCAUCGCCUUCCAGCUGGAGGGCUGGCUGAGCCACGCGGAGGCGAAGCAGGGCAGGAAGGCGCUGAGCGAGUCGGACUACAUGGAGGUGCUGGAGCAGAGCUGCUCGCAGGACUGGGAGCUUUACGGCGUGCAGGAGCUGAGAGGGGAGCGGCGGCUGAUGGGGCCAGGGUUACCGGGACAGGAGGCGAUGAGCGUGGCAAUGAUGGGGGGCCCGUGGCCGGGCAGGCUGGCCAAGAUGUGCCACAGCCUCGUGGGUGAGCUCGGCGAGGAGCAGCUGUACGGAGCACACCGACGGGGCCCCACCGCGCUGCGGGAGCUGCUGUGCCACGGCGAGAAGGGGCCCUGCGCCCACCUGGGGAGGAGCAAGGCAGGGGGCUCGGCCCCCCCCAAGGUGCUGCAGAAUGAGCUGUAGCCAGCGGCCUUCGCGUGCCGUCACUGCGGAUGGUUAAUGCUUAAUGCCCGAUGACCUUUGGAGCCAAGCGUGCACUGGAGCGCCGGACACACGCAGGAGGUGGCACUGCCACCACGCCGGGGACGCCGCGCUGCUGCUGCCACCAGCCCCGUCCCAGCACCGCGUCUGUUUGCACUCAUGGGGACAUCCCCGGUGGCACCCGUGCCCCAACCCCGCUGUUACUCUGUAACCCUCCACCUUAAUGUUUGACCGAAGUGGCGCGGGCGGCGGUGCCAGCCCUAAUUAAAGCAGUUAAUCGCUCA